AGGUACUUGGAAAAUUUGAACUGCUUGAAAGACAUUGAAAAGAGAGAGAUAGAGAGAGAGAAAGGAAAAUGGUGAGAACUCCUUCCUGUGAUAAAUCUGGAUUAAAGAAAGGUACUUGGACUCCUGAAGAAGACAGAAAGCUAAUGGCUUAUGUUACUAGGUAUGGCUGUUGGAAUUGGCGCCAACUGCCCAAAUAUGCAGGAUUGUCAAGGUGUGGGAAGAGUUGCAGGUUGCGGUGGAUGAAUUAUCUGAGGCCAAAUAUUAAGAGAGGGAAUUAUACUAAAGAAGAAGAGGACACCAUCAUUCGCUUGCAUGAAUCAUUAGGGAACAGAUGGUCUGCUAUUGCUGCCCAGUUACCAGGGAGAACUGACAACGAAAUAAAGAACCACUGGCACACCAACCUCAAGAAACGAAAGCAAAAGGACUCUGCAAAAUCAGACUCAUGUGGUCUUUCUCGAAAUAAAAAGAGUCAAAAGGAAGACACUAAAGCAAAUAGAAUUGAGACAGUAAAUCCUGCAACAACUCAAAUUAUGGAAAGCUUCCCAUUGUCCCCCAAACAAUCUACAAGUGAUUUCUCAUCCUUGACCGCAGAUAACAUAGCUGUAACCAGCAGCAGCUGCAGUGACUUAAAAUGUGAAGAUGAAUUUGCUUUCUUGGAGGCAUACGAGGCACCUAGUGGAAAUUUUUGGACAGAACCAUUCUUGGCUGACAAUUACUACAUGCCUAGUGAAUUCUUGACGCCACUGGUAGACCCUCUUUCUCCACUUAGUGAUGGAGAACUAUUAUGCUCUUAUGGUGUGUAUGAACAAUAUGGAGUACUGAAUUGGCAAUUAUAACUCGUUACAGAAUGUAAAAAUUGUUUUGAUUCCCAUAAAUUUUUUGCAUUGCUUCUUA